ACGCCCUAACGCCCGCAUUCCGCACUCCUCCCUCGCGCUACUUGAACUUCCGCUCUGCGUGCGCCCCGGGCUCGUUGACGUUCCGCCCGCCCACUUGCGCGGCACGCACGCAUACGCCUCGGUUUCUGCCUCGCGCAGCCGUGGGGGCGGGGGCGUGCUGUGGUAAAGCUUGGGAGUUGUGUUGCUAAGCAACCGGAUCCGGACUGUGGUGCGAGGAGCAGUCCACCAAACAGGUACAGCACUAGUGGGGGCUUUCCCUAAAAGCUCCAACAAGCAUAACUCGGCUUCAACUUGAAGAGACCACCUCCAGGAAGGAGUAGUUCAUUGUCCGUGACCUUUGCGAUUGUUGGUCUCUUUAUUGAGCCUGUCAAAAAUGAGUGCCAGUUGUGAUGGUAAUUGUAUGAUGUCUCACUGAGACAACUCCCAAAACUACAAGAUAUUACAAAAUAUGCUGUCAAUUGUCGCUGUCAAUGGAACAUCAUUAUUCUGUUUUGAAGACAAGUAGUUCAUCAGUGACUUCAGUCCAUAAUUCUAAAAACAAUUACAAGGUGCACAGGUCAUAUUUUAUGCUAAAAGAAGGCAGUUCCUCCAAACGAGAUAUUUUAGCUGUUACUGCAGUUGCUUUACAAGAUCAUAUUUUACAUAACCUUCAGCUGCAGGAUCUUUCAUUAGCAGAUCCUUUUAAGUCAAAGUUAAGGAAUAAAAAGAACAUUUACAAACCUGUGAACAAAGAGAUGGUCAGAGCAGUAGUAGAUACUGGACUAAGAAAAAAGAGCAUUCUCCACACAAAAAAGGAAGAUCCAGAAAAAGAAUAUGUCCUUGAUCCUAACCCUCCACAAUUAACAUUAGCUCAGAAAUUGGGCUUAGUUGAUCCUCCUUCCUUGCCACUAACAGCAGAAGAGUGGGAUAAAGUAAAGCAAAGAUCCAUAAAACAGGGAGAUUCUGUGCAACCUUGUGCAAUAUGUAGGGAAGAAUUUGCACUUCAACCACAGGUGCUGCUUUCAUGUUCCCAUGUAUUUCACAGAGCAUGCCUGAAAGCUUUUGAAAAGUUUGCAGGUAAAAAGACCUGUCCUUUGUGUAGAAAGAAGCAGUAUCAGACCAGAGUAAUACAUGAUGGGGCGCGUCUGUUUAAAAUAAAGUGUAUUACGAGCAGAAUCCAAGCUUGCUGGAGAGGGUAUAUUGUUAGAAAAUGGUAUAAAAACUUGAGAAAAACAGUACCUCCUCAAGAUAGCAAAUUAAGAAAAAAAUUCUUUGAAGCAAAGUUUCAGGAGAUCAGCAAUCGGUUAUUGAGUUCUUAUGACACAAACAUAGAUGAGUUUUUUUCUGAAAUUGAUUCUUCUAUAGCUGCAAGUCGAAAUGUGCUUCAACAGUUGGAGGAAAAAUUUGCCCCGUUAAUAAGCGCAACUGAAUGGGAGAAAAUACAGAUGCAGGCAUUUCGGCAAGAGAUAUUUGACUGCCCUAUUUGCAUUAUGCCACUGUGUCAUAUCACUCAUCCUCCAAGUGUCUUCUCUGAGAACAGCAAUAAUCGGUAUUCGCGCCAGACUGUUCUGCUCUCUUGUUCACAUAUGUUUCAUCAGACUUGUCUUCAAGCAUUUGAAGAGUUUUCCUUGGGAGAAAAACUUGUUUGUCCCUUAUGUCGCUCUUGUUAUCAAAAGAAAAUUCUUGAAUGUUGAUAUAAACAUGUAAACAGUCCAGAAUGAGCUACAUAAUAGAAUUUUUAAUUGGUUUAAUGAUUGAUAGCCUCACAGGAGAUUAGAUCCUUGUCAGAUCCAGUGUGAGAAAAAACACUUCUCUAUGGAUGCUGAUGCUCACUAAUAGAAAUAAAAGUUAAAUGGGCAUUGUGCUAUCAUUUCUCUGACUUGUUGCUUUUCCUUGCUCUCCACAGUCUUACCUGUCUUCUACUCCCUUUGGUUUCCCUUAUGUUCUGUUUUCCCUUCCUGGUCUUCUCCUUUCUUUAACCUCCUCCCUCUCAGAGGCACACUACCCUCUCCAUCUCCUGCACAUCCCAGGAUCCCUUUUUCUUUUCCCUUUCCUUGAGAACUCUUCCCUUUGACUCCUUUCUUCAUUCAGUGGAUUCCAUCUACAUACUCCCCACAGGAGUUACUCAUGUUGAACAACAAGAAAAGACAGAUUCCCUUGAUAGCAGCGCCCAGGCAGUUGGAAAUACCACCGAUGAGUGUGGAAGGAGAUGCAUUACUUCUUCAGCUCCUUUUAGUAGCUGAAUGCAGCUGGGCUGGCUCCUCUCCUUUAAUGGCUGGAAACCACGUUACAAGGUCAACUAUAGGCAAAUGGGAAGUACUGCAAAAUAGCCCUACUGCAAAUGUGGCUGAGUGGUCCCCAUAAAGGAACAAAUUGGUUCAGGAACUUGUCAUGACAGUGGGACCAAGUAAUAUCGUCCAGGUUAAAAGAGACCAAAAUGCAUUUAAAACCUUUCAGUUGUGGACUGUUACCCUUGAACUUUGAGUUAAGGCCUAAAAUCCCUUGAUCAAUGUCAUGCACCCAGGAGAGCCUGAAAGCUAAACUUUUGUUAAAAUGUUUCAGAUGCUUUAGGAAACUAUAUGACUCACAAUGCUGAAAAUGCUUGCGGACUGCCCAUAUUUAAAUUAGAAUGGUUUUGUGUCAAAGAUUACCGAAAAGUACUAUUGAUAACCUGUGUAUUUUUCCAUUAACUAAAAACUAAAAUUAGGAUA